GGAGUCAUACCCAAGGGACUCGAGGCGACUAAUAAAGCAAUGGACAGUGGGUCAAGAGAGAUCACUACCUAUUCAGGUCAUAGGGGUAGUUGUGUGAAUGGACAUUCGGUAUAUUUAAACCCUUGCUACAUAUCGAAUUUUCAGCUAUAUACUGACUAG